AUGUCGGAUAAGCACCUCACGAUGGGGCAGCGUGUUAUGGUGGUUGGUAAAGAGGUAAAAGGUUCAAUCGCCUACGUCGGUUAUCCGACGUUUGCGACGGGCAAAUGGAUAGGUAUUAUCUUAGAUGAACCUAAAGGGAAAAAUAAUGGCACAGUUCGAGGACAUGCUUAUUUUCGGUGUGAUGAAAACUAUGGAGUAUUUGUUCGUCAAUCUCAAAUCCAGCUUCUUGAUUCUGAGGACAAUCCAAUGGAGACUUCCAUGACAACAUCUAUUGAGGAAUCUAAACCUUCAUCCAAUAGACGUCUUAGCAGUAUAACAGUGGCCCAGAGGUCUAGACCGACUACGGUACGGCGGAAGGCGUCGCCCGCGCAGACGAAAGCCGGCACAUUGUCGAUGUCGAGUUCCAGGACGUCCUUGGCAAGCAGUCGCCAGUCUCUCACGUCGUACGUGUCACCUACUACUGAGAGAGCGACCUCGCCAGACCUAACUAGCAAACGGGCAUCCUUUGUUGAGACGGGUUUCGUAGAGACCCUCACUCCUCAGUACACUCCAGGUCAGAGCCUAACGUCUCCUCAACCCGUGUCAACUGCCGUUGAGGACAAGUUGGCUAACAUACAAGCACAACAGGAGAUUAUAGCCCUAAAGACUGAAGUAGAAGAUCUCAAAGAGAAACUAGAGACCCUAAAGGUUCGUCGUGCUGAGGAUCGGGAGAAAUUGAGAGAGUUCGAGAGGGUCAGGCUCCAAUUGGACCAGGCUAAUGAAUUCAAGUCUAAAAUCAUGGAGUCACAGGCCCAAUUGCAGAGGGACUUGCAGAGAGCUAAACAGGAGCUACGUGAAGCCCAAGAAGCUUUAGAACAGCACAAUGACGAAACAGCUGAAUUGCAAGAGGCGACAGAAAUGGCUGCCCUCGACAAGGAAAUGGCAGAAGAGAGAGCUGAGGCCUUGCAGCUUGAACUCGAGCAAUGUCGAGAUAAGUUGGAGGAAGCCACGCUGGACUUGCAAUUGAUGAGGGCUGAGAUGGAAGCUGGUGGCAAUAUACAAAUAAACAAUCAACUUAUGCAUGUACAGCACCCGUACGCAGCGGGCGAGGGCGCUACGGGCUACGAGGUGCGACAGCUGCAGCAGCAGAAUGUCAGGCUGAGGGAUACACUGGUCAGGCUGAGGGAUCUCUCGGCGCAUGAUAAGCACGCGAUGCAGAAGAUGCAAAAGGAUCUUGAGCAAUAUAGAUCAGAAAUAGCCGAAUUAAGUCGCACCAAAGAGAAGCUUUCAGCGAGAGUGGAAGAAUUGGAAGCGCAAGUGGCUGACCUCAGAGAACAGGUGGAUGCGGCUCUCGGUGCGGAAGAAAUGGUCGAACAAUUAGCUGAAAAGAAAAUGGGCUUAGAGGACCAAGUAGAACAGCUAAAACAAGACGUCCAGGAGCUGGAAGCGCUGCAAGAGGUCCAUGAACAGCUGGUCGAGUCUAACCGGGAGUUGGAGAUGGAUCUGCGCGAAGAGUUGGAGAUGGCUCAUGCUGCUACGAGAGAGGCGAUUCGGGAGAGGGAAGCUGCGUUAGAAACGAUAAUGGACCGGGAUUCGACAAUUGUCAAGUUCAGAGAGCUGGUGCAGCGUAUGACUGAGCAGUACAAUGAGAUUAGGGCUCAGUUGGAGUCUAAACAAGCGGGCUCGCCCCCGCCGGAGCAGGAGUCCGGCGCGGAGCCCCGCGCGCCCCCCGAGCUGGGGUCGCUGGUGCAGCAGUCGCGCGCCUCUACGCGCUCCAUCGACCUGCAGCUGCGCGCGCUGGAGCUGGCGCAGGCGCGCGCGCGCGCCGACAUGCUCGCCGCGUGUCUGCCCGACCACUUCAUGCAGGCCAGUGGUGACCACGACGCUAUCAGGUUCAUUCUUCUUUUGGAGCGUUUGAACAAAAAGGCUGAAAUUAUAUUGGGUCAAAUUCGUGAAAAGUUCCCAGCAGUGAACGUGUGGGACAAGGAGUCUGUGAUGCGCUCCCACACAGCCGUGCAGUACAGCUUCCGAUGCCAGCUGGAGUUCCAGCUGCAGAUGAUACAGUGCACGGUGUGCAUGUGGAGCGGCGCGCUGGAGCGCUGCUCGCCGGAGCAGCUGCUGCGCGCGGGCGCGGCGCUGCCGGACGCGGAGCCGCAGGAGCGCGCGCUGGACGCCGCCGCGCACCUGCUCAAGACCAACGAGCUGGACGAGAACUGCUCGCUGGAUGGCAUGGAGCGUACCUGGAGCUACCUGUCGGCGAUGUGGUCGGCCCUCAACAUGAACACGGUGGAGGGCGCGGGCAGCUCGCGCGCCGUCGUGCUGCACGCCUGCGCCGCGCUCGACGCGCUCGCGCGCGCGCUCGACGUCGACGCGCACGCGCUCAACCACGUGCUACAGCCAUCAGACCAGCAACAAGAGCUGGGUCAGCUCCACGAGGCGAUACAGAACAGCUGUUCUGGUCUCCAGCAGCAGCUGAAGAGCGUCCGCCGCCGCCUGCCGCCCGGCGCGCAGCUGCACGCGCUCCCCAUAGACUUGCAGCUGGUGGAGCGUCUGCGCGGGGAGACGGCGAGCGCGCUGUACCGCGCGGCGCGCGCGGCGGCGCUGGCGGCGCGCGCGGCGGCGGCGUGCGCGGCCACGGCGGGCGAGCGCGGCGAGGGCGCGCCGCUGCCGCACGCCACGCUCGCCAACGUGUGGAACGCUGCCAUCGAUAGGGCCUACCAGCAGGACGAUCACGGCGCCGUGAAGACGAUUAAACACGCUCUAGCAACAGUGUCGGCGGAUGUGGACAAACUCGCCGCCUUCACGCAGGACAAGGAGUACGACGUCAUGUCACUCACUAACGUCGCCUCGGAGAAGCCAAUACCACCAAUAGUUUUACGAGCACAGCUUGUUAAGAAACAACUGGAAGAAACUAAGACGUUAACAAUAAAGUUGGAAAAUAAGGAAGCGGAUAUAAAGGAACUUAGAAAGGCGCUUAAGGCCAAACAAGAGGAGCUGUCGGAGAUGCAGAUACGACGCGAGCUGGGCGAGCGUAAGCUGGUGUCGGCGGCUCGCGACGCGGAGGUGCGCGCCCAGCAGCUGCAACGACGACUCGAUGACGCCCAAAAUCAACUCAAACGAAAAGAGAAGGAAUUCGAAGAAACAAUGGACCAUCUCCAACAGGACAUAGACUCGCUGGAGAACGAGCGCGGCGCUCUGCGGGAGAAACUAAAGUUAUAUGCCAAGCGAGGAACACAUCAUGCGCUGGCGUCGCCGGUGGCUCGCGACUACUCACCGGUGGUGACCCCAACGCCGGCACCCAAAGACACACUACAAGAAACACCUGUGAAGGUGACUCCAGGCAUCGCUGCUGGAGAGGUUAAUGAGGCUCUGCAGCAUCAACUGAAAAUACUUAGUUGGACGGUGGAGCGCGAGCGCGAGGCGCGCAUAUCCGCGUGCGCGAAGGCGUCCCGCGCGGCGCUGCGGGCGCUCCGCCCCCUGCACCACCCCGCCGCGCCCGCCGCCGCGCUGCGCCGCCGCGCCGCCGCCGCGCUGGAGCAACAGCUCGUGCAGCUGCACACUGAAUGGACGUUAUUCGUCGCCAAGUCGGGAUUGGUCAAGUUUCCUGAAGACUUGAGCAAAUACGCCAAGGCGUUGGAGCAGCACAAGGAGAAACAGAGAGAGACCAGGAGGAGAUUGGAGGAGAAACUAUUCAAUCUCCAAGCAGAAGUGCGUAACCUCGUGUCCCUCCACCGUCCCUGGCGGUGCGUGGAGGCCGACUUCACAGAGUUCCCCGCGCCCGAGCUGACGGCAGCUUUAACAUCAAAGGCAUUAGAUAUCGGCACAAUCAAGUACCCAGCAUCCGAGUCCACACAAGAAGACACGAUCUACGUUACGCCAUCACAACUCGCCAGAUUGCGAGAAAUUGUAACGGAUUUACAAUCGGACGACGUUCAACUCGACUUGAAGCCGCUCGAUCAUACUGUGUGUGCCGCC